UAGAUGGAACCAAGGAACAAUGUGACUUACUUUGUCCUCCUGAGCCUCACACAGAAUCCAAAUGAACAGAAAGUCCUUUUCGUUAUGUUUUUCCUCUUCUACGUUUUGACUGUGGUGGGGAACACGCUCAUUGUUGUGACUGUCACUUUCAGUAAGACUCUGGGCUCACCAAUGUACUUUUUCCUUGCUAGCUUAUCAUUUAUGGAUGUCAUUUAUUCCUCAUCUAUUUCUCCCAAACUGAUUUCAAGCUUGUUCAUUGGGAAAAAUACCAUAUCAUUCCAAUCCUGUAUGAUCCAGCUUUUUACAGGGCACUUUUUUGGUGGAUCAGAGGUCUUCCUUUUGUUGGUAAUGGCCUAUGACCGCUAUGUGGCCAUUUGUAAGCCCUUGCAUUAUUUGGUUAUCAUGAGGCAGUGGGUGUGUAUUGUACUCUUGGUGGUAUCCUGGGUUGGGGGUUUUCUUCACUCAGUCAUUCAACUUGGCACUAUUUAUGGGCUCCCAUUCUGUGGCCCCAAUGUCAUUGAUCACUUUAUCUGUGACAUGUACCCUUUAUUGAAACUUGUCUGCACUGACACCUCUGUCAUUGGCAUCUUAGUGGUGGCUAAUGGAGGCUUGAUCUGCAGUAUUGUGUUUCUGCUCUUACUCAUCUCCUAUGGAGUCAUCUUGCACUCUCUAAAGAACCUGAGUCAGGAAGGGAGGCAGAAAGCCCUCCAGACCUGUGGUUCUCACAUCACUGUGGUUGUCUUCUUCUUUGUCCCCUGUAUUUUUAUGUAUGCAAGACCUGCUAAGACCUUCUCCAUUGACAAGUCAUUGAGUGUGUUUUAUACAAUCAUAACCCCCAUGCUGAACCCAUUAAUCUACAGUCUAAGAAAUUCUGAGUUAACUAAUGCUAUGAAGAAACUCUGUGGAAGAAACACGAAGAGGAUCAUAUGA